CUUAAAAGGAAGAAGACAUCUGAAAAAGAAAAUAUUCCAGAGAAUAUGGUGUCACACCUAGAGAAACUCAAAGAGGAAAUCCCUGGAAUGCUUAACCAUCCUUUCCAAUUUAGUCAAAAAGAAGAUCAUAUCAGAUGGAAUGAGUUAGAAGAUCUUGACCUUGAUCAAGUAAUUAAAAAUACUGAUUUGCGGAAGCUUGAACAACUUCUUUCUCACUGUACUUAUGCCAAGUUGAGAAAAGAGGAUCUAGAUAGAAUUGGAGAUCCUGCUAUGAUAAAGCUAUUCAAACUCAGCCAGCUCUCAAUGGAAUAUAUGCAAUUCACUCAAAAUACUCUAGAAAAUAUGAUUGAAGGAGUUGAUGUGAAGUACCAACAUUCCUUCAAGAGAUGUAAAGCCAUGGAGAAUAAAGUUAUCAACCAACAAAUGGAGAUCAACAAAAUCAGAAACGAAAUUGAGGUCAAAAAGGGAGCUAUCAGUGCUUAUUCAAUGCACUUAAAAGAAAAAGCAAUUAGGCGGAAAAAUAGAAUUGAAUUAUUAAAACGAGAAAGACUCAAAUGCCCUGACUGAGACAUUGGAUUCAUGUCUGAAGUCAAGCUCAGACAACAUAUUGAACUCAUACAUACAGAAGACAAGGAAUAUAUGAGAAGGAUCGCCAAGGAGUUCAACGAUGAAAUUCAGGAGGAAGAAGUAGAACAAAGGGAAGAAAUCAAAGACAUGAUCGAAGAAACUCAAAAUAAACUUGAAGAUGUUAUUAAGGCUAAAACGAAUGAAUUAAAAACAAACUUGACUAAUUCGAAGCAAAGAAGAGAGGAGGAGCUAAACUAUCUCCACCAUGAGAACCAGAAACAACUGCUUAAGAAAGAAGAUGAGAAGGAGUACUUUACUCAACUACUUGAAAGAAACAACGAACAAUUGGACAAGACAACCAACCAGAUAAUGAAGAACUUUGAGACUAAGAUCAAAGAUAUGUUCGACAAAGUUAAUGACAAUCUUGAAAAAGACGAAGAAGAGGAAAAACUAAGGAACGAAGUCAUUAGAAAAAGAGAACUUGAGCUUCUAGACAAGAUUGAUAAAAAGAACCAAAAGAUAAACAAACUUAGGUUCAGUCAAGAUGAACUACAGCAGCAAAUCCAAGCUCAGUCACAUUCUCAGUUCGACAACACUCUUGAAAGAGAGGAGGAGAAGUCUUACCAUCAGGAGUUAUCCAGAUGGAACAAAUUCGAACUCAGGAAAGUUGAGGAGAAAGUUAAACAAGAAAAGGAGAACACCCUCAUGGAAGUAGAAGAUCUCAGGAUGAGACAAAUCAUGCAAGAGGAAAAGCGUAUCGAGCAAGAAAAGAGUAAACGUCUUGAGGAAGAAAAGAAGGGCCACAUUGCCCCAAAGCUUACUCAAGGCGAACUAGACGCAAUAGAACAGAAGAUCCAGAUCAAAUAUGAGACUAAGAAGUGGGAAGAGAUGGAAGAAUUAGAGAAGAAGCGACGUGAAAGAGAAGCUCAACUCCAAAAAGAAAUAGAUGAGAAAAGAGAUAGAGAAGAUAAUGAAUACAAGAAGAAAAUUGAUGAACUUGUCAAAGAGAUUGAUAAGGUUGAUAAAAUCAACAAGGACAAGGAAAUACAGCUAGAACAAGAGAAACAAAAGAAUCUCUAUAAACCCAGAAGCCCUUACAAAGAGAGUCCUAAGCAUAAAUCUCCCAAAAUUGAUAAAAUAUCAGAAGUAGAUGAAGAAGAGGAGAGGAUUAAGAGAGAAAUACUCGAAGAUAGAAAGAGAGAUGAAGAGCUCAAAAGAUGGGCAAAGCAGCAAGAAGAAGAAGAUAAAAGACUUUCUUCUAAGGUCAUAGACACUUCUACUUCCCAUAUAUCGACAGAUAGGAAACGCAAGAAGAAAUCUACAGGAAGAAAGAAAUCUGGGAGAUCAAGACAUACAACCGACUCAGAAGAAUCAAAAAUUCCUGCUCGCCAAACCACAGAAUCACGCCUUGACACUAUAGAGACCAUAGAAACACAAGAAAAGGAAAAGAGAAUGCUUGAAAAGCAGAAACUAUUCGAAGAAGCAAACAAAGACCUUGAACUUCCUUCCUAUCGUCCCUCUUCCUUACCUGGAGGCAAGAAGAUAAUAUCUAAAUGCAAAAAGAAGAGUAAAAUCACAGGUAUUUUCGAAGAAGAAAUCCCUAGUGACUCCAUGAAAGUCAUUAAAACCACUCAACAAUAUGCUGAAGACCGUGAGCGAAGACGCCAGAGGCGCCUUGAGAAAGAAAGAGAGCACAAAAAGAAACAACAGAAGAAGAUGGACCAAGAAAUUGAGAAGAUUAGGAAGGAAAUGGACGAGGAUAAGGAAGAGAACAAAGAAGAGAGCAAGGAGGAGAGCAAGGAAGAGAGCAAGGAAGAGAAGAAGGAAGAGAAGGAUGGAAAGGAGGAAGUAAAGAAGAGGAAGCUUGGGGAAGAGGAGAAAAAGAAGGAGAGUGGAGAAAAAGAAGAUGAUAAGAAAAAGAAAGAGGAUAAGGCUUCUAAGCAGGAAAAAGAGAAAAAGAAAGAGAGAUCUGGUAAAAAGGAUAAGGAUGGAAAAGGUGGUAAAGAAGAGGGAAAAGAGAAGUUAGACAAAGAAGAUAUAAAUAAGGACCAAGAAAAAGUAAAAGGUGAUGAAGAAGAUAAACAUAAGGAGAAGAUUAAAGAUAAAAGCAAAGACAAAGAGGAUGAUAAGAAAGAAGAAAAGGAUGUAAAACCUCUGGAAGAUAGUAAAGAAUUGAAAGAUGAUAAGGAUGAAAAAGAAGGUCCAAAAGAGGAUGCUAAAGAAGAUGCGAAAGUAAAUGCUAAAGAAGAUGCGAAGGAAGAUGUUAAAGAAGAUGCAAAAGCAGAUACUAAAUCAGAUAUAAAAUUAAAGGAUAAAGAAGAUGCUAAAAAAGAUGCUAAAGAAGAUGCUAAAGAAGAUGUUAAAGAAGAUGCCAAAGAAAAUACCAAAGAAGAGUUAAAGAAAGAUGACAAAACACCUAAAGAUCCUCCAAAUCUUUCCCAAAUAGAACAAAAACUUGCAAAAGACAUAAAAGACCCUCCUCAGGAUCCAUCUCCAUCCAAAGAAGAGUCCAAAAAGCCUAAGAAAGAGAAAAAAUCAAAAAAGGACAAAAAGUCCAAGAAAAAGAAGAAAGAAAGAUCAGACAUAAAGCAUCCCCAUUUACACUCCGACAAGACCAAGGAAGACCUAAAAGACAAACCCAAGGUCAACGAAGACUCUAAGGCUCAGCCCCAAAAAGAUCAUGAUGAUACUGCUAAAAAAGAAAAAAAUGACAAGAAAGAAAAGAAGAGAAAGAAGAAUAAAGACGAGGAAGGUAAAUCAGAAAGGAAGAAAAAGAAAAAAUCCAAAAAUAAAGAUAAAGAUAAAGACCCUAAACCGGAAGAACCCCCAAACCCUGACUCCACCAACCCUAAAGAAGACAAAAAGUCCGACUCUCCGCCUGCCACCAAGGAAGAAUUCAACGCUUACCAAAAAGAAGCCGAAGAAGAAAUCCGUAAACAAAAACUCAAAGAAGACCCCAGGACCUCCAACAAGGAAGACUCUAAAGAAGAAAAGAAAGCCCCAACAGCUCCUGCCAAAGAUCCUAAGACAGCUGAGCAGAAGAAGGAUAAAGGGUUUGAGAACGAAAACAGAAGUAGGAAGGUUCAUGAAAGAGAGAAGGAUAAAGAGAAAAUAGAGGAGGAAAAGGCAAGAGAAGAACAUGAGAGGAAGGAUAGAGAAGGUAAGCCAAUUGAAGAGAAAAUGAGGAAGAACAAUAAGGAGGAAGAGAAGGAGGUAGGCAGAGAUGGGAAGGAGAAGGUUGAGGAAGGUGAGAAAGAGAAAGGAAAGGGAGAAAAUGGAGAGAAGGGAGAGAAGGGAGAAAAUGGAGAGAAGGGAGAAAAUGAGAUAAUAGAGAGAGUAAAGAAAGUGGAGAUGGAGAAAAAGGAAAAAAAGGAUAGGGAGAAAAAGGAUAAGGAAAAAGCAGAUAAAGAAGCAAAAGAGAAGGCAGAGAAAGAAGCUAAAUUGAAAAUUGAAAAGGAGAAAAAACUUAGGUUAGAGAAUGAGGCCAAAGAAAAAGCAGCAAAAGAUGCUAAAAUAAAAGCUGAAAAAGAAGCCAAGGAGAAUGAGGAAAAAGAAAAAGCAGAAAGAAAAGCGAAAGAGAAAGCAGACAAGGAAGCUGAAGAAAAGGCUGCUAAGCUUAAAGCUGACAAGGAAGCAAAGGAGAAAGCAGAUAAAGAAGCCAAAGCAAAGGCUGAAAAAGAGGCUAAAGAGAAAGCUGACAAAGAAGCCAAAGAAAAGGCUGAAAAAGAAGCUAAAAUAAAAGCAGAUAAAGAAGCCAAAGCAAAAGCCGAAAAAGAGGCUAAAGAGAAAGCUGAUAAAGAGACUAAAGAAAAAGCAGAGAAGGAGGCUAAACUAAAAAUACAGAAGGAAAAAGAAGAAGAGAAAGCAGCAAAGGACAAAUUAUCUAAAGAAAAAGCUGAAAAAGAUAAAAUUACUGAAGAAUCAAAAACUCCAAAGAGGCCUUUAGACGAUGAUGAUAUGGUAAAUAUAGAUUCUGAUAAGAAACCAUCUCCUGAAGUAGAAGAUAAGGGUUCUUCAAUUCCCACUAUCGGUACACUUUCAACUGGAAGAUCAAGGAGACGUAUGAGGCCAAGACCUCGUAUGAAUCAAGGUAGCUCUAAAGAGGAGUCUAAGGAUCCUAAAGAUGAUAAAGAUACCCCUUCUGAUGCUAAAAAGCCAGCUGAAGGCUCCAAACCAACUCCAGGAGCUUCAAAACCAGAUAUUUCGAAGAAGACUGAUCCCAAGAAGCCUCUGAUCAUUGAAGGCUCAGAUGAAGACUAUGACGACGAUUUUGAACUAUAAUCUAGAUUUUCAAUUUUGUCAUUCAAA